CCUAAAGGAGAGAUGGGAGACCGAGACAUCGGGAUCAGCCCGUGCUCAGUGCUGACGUCGUCACUCAAAUGCUGUUUCGUCCCCGUCCGCCCAUGUCCAUCUAGAAUUCGAUCCAGUCCAAACUACCUUUCCCGGCUUGGUCAAUCCUGUCGCCUUCGGUCCAUCUCACACAGACUCCGGCCGGCGGCUCCACUCCACUGCCCCGCCGCUCGGUGCCGUACGUCGUCGUGCUCCACCGCCUCGAUCCUCGGUUUAUUGCUUUCCUGCAUAGCUUCCUUAGCUAGCUAGGUCUCGUUUCAUCAGUCUCGAUCUGCUGCUCGUUGGCCGCCGGCGGCUACGAGCAUGGAAACGUACACUACGGACGACGCGCUGACGGCCAUGGGGUUUGGCAAGUUCCAGGCGCUUGUUCUUGUGUACGCAGGGACGGGCUGGCUGGCGGACUCCAUGGAGCUCAUGCUGCUCUCCUUCGUCGGACCGCUGGUUCGGCAGCAGUGGAACGUCUCUGCCCAGCACGAGAGCCUGCUCUCCAGCGUCGUCUUCACUGGCAUGCUCCUGGGAGCCUGUUCCUGGGGCUAUAUUUCCGACAAAUACGGAAGGAGGACCGCUCUAUUGUUCUCCGUUACUCUUACCGCUGGAGCAGGGUUGACAAGUGCUCUAUCUCCUAACUACAUAUCCCUGCUGGCACUUCGGUUUCUUGUGGGUGUAGGAGUUGGUGGCACGCAUGUAUUUUCGUCUUGGUUUCUGGAAUUUGUCCCUACCAAGAACCGUGGUGCCUGGAUGCUUGUGUUCUCUGCUUUCUGGACCAUCGGAACCAUCUUCGAGGCUUCGCUUGCGUGGGUCGUGUUGUCAAGACUGAGCUGGCGGUGGCUGCUGGCGUUCACCUCCCUCCCAUGCUUCGCCUUGCUCGUGUUUUUCGUCGUCGCACCGGAGUCGCCACGGUACCUCUGCGCGCAGAACAGAAUAUCCGACGCGACCCUUGUUCUUGAGAGGAUGUCCAGGACGAACAAGGCCGCUCUUCCUCCCGGAGCUCUGGCAUACCACCACACGGAAACGCAGCUGGGACUGGGAGAGAGUACAACAGACGACGCCUCCAAAUCCGGUUCCGGUGGCAUGGCUGCCCUGCGCAGGCUGUUCUCGCGCAAACUGCUGAGAUCCACGCUUCUCAUCUGGUUCGUUUGGUUUGCAAACUCCUUUGCCUAUUACGGCCUAGUGUUGCUGACGUCGCAGCUGAGUGACGCGAACCGGAGGUGCGCAUCGUCGUCUGCUCACAAAUCUCAAGCGCACGAAGGAAACCCGAAUCUCUAUAAAGAUGUCUUCAUAACUAGCUUAGCAGAGUUUCCGGGGCUGGUUAUUUCUGCCAUUAUCGUUGAUUGGCUUGGCCGGAAAGCUACAAUGUGGAUCUUGCUGUUUGGAUGCUGUGGCUUCCUCGGACCUCUGGCUGUUCAUCAGAAGGAGUCGGUGACAACCGCUCUUCUGUUCGGUGCUCGCGCCUGUGGCAUGGGGAGCUCUACGGUCUUGUGCUUAUACGCACCAGAGGUGUACCCAACAUCAGCGCGCUCCACAGGUGUUGGCAUUGCCACCGCCAUCGGAAAAAUUGGCGGCAUCGUUUGCCCCCUCAUCGCUGUCGGCAUGCUGCGGAGCUGCCACCAAAUGCAAGCCGUCCUGGUCUUUGAGCUUGUCCUAGGCCUCGCGGGAGUAGCCUGCAUCCUCUUCCCUGUGGAGACCAAGGGCCGCGAGAUGAAAUGACAGACCCUUCACAGCACCCAAAGCGACCACUACUUUCAGCGGCGUACGUUCGAACAUAAAGUAUUUUUGUUGAAGACGCGUACUCAGAAAAUUGCUCAAGCUAUAUCUUUAAUGAAAUAUUCUGAGUAUCCUUUUUAUCAAUUAGUUUUUUCUACCCUAUGUCUUUUUAGUUUUCACUAUUUUGAUUAGAUUUUGUUUUCUAAUUAAAAUCUUAAUACAACCUGCGUGGAGUUAGUUUGCUAA